AAUGAAGACGAUAUUCACUUUGACGAAGAUGAUACCUUUAAGUUUACGCCACAGGAAGAAUGGAACUUUUUCUUGGAGCUGCUGGAGAUUGCUCGCGAGCACAAGCAGUACUGCGUGCUGCAGCGGCUGACGUUCGGGUCGCUGGUGUCGAAGGCGCUGGCGUCGCAGCGCGGCCGCAGAUCGAGUUCUACUGCUUGCAGGCGUGCCUGCUUAACCACGACCCCCACAACGCCUUCUCCUUCAUCCGCGACCUCUGCUUCAAGAGCCCGAGCGUGCGCUGCUGGAACAUCCUCAAUUUAGUCAUCAACUCCGUUGACGAAAACACACAUAUGAAAUUUUUAGCAAGGCUCUUUCAAAGAGACCCAAACAUCGUUAAAAACUUAUUCUUAGGCAACAACUUUCUAACAUCAGGCCGCUAUAUUGUAGCAUUAAAGUAUUUCCUUGAAUACCACGAUCAGCGGCGCGAGCCGAUCUCUGCGUUUCUCAUCGGGAUCACGAUGCUCAUCAUGGCGGCGCAGCGAACCAUGGAUAAGCACCACAAUCUGAUUCUGCAAGGGAUGUCGUACUUGAUCACGUAUCAGCACAUGAGGAAGUGCGACCAAGAGGCGCUGUACAACAUCGGGCGCGCGUACCACAUGUUAAGUAUCAACAACUUGGCUAUAGAGUACUACGAGCGUGCGCUGGCGGCGCCGCCGGCGGCCCGCUGCGCAGUGCACGGCGCCAUUGACCUGCGGAUGGAGGCUGCGUACAACCUGUACCUGCUGUAUAAGGACCAUGCGCCGCAUGUGGCGAGACAGUACCUGUUUAAGCAUCUUGUUAUUGAAUAAAUUUUAUUGUAUUGUUA